UUGCGCAAAAAAAAAAAAAGACAACUACUUUUGUUUUUCUAUCUGUGUCUGUGUGGUGUACGUCUCCAAGAAGAAAUAAGCUUGUCAAGUUAACUUCCGGCGAAGUAAUCCGACAAUGCGAGCUUCAACAGUUUCACUCUGUUGUGUUGUUCUGAUUCAGCUGUUUGCUGGUCUAACCGAUGCUCGAUCUAGUAGUCCAUGGCAAACACUCAGUGGUGAUGCUCCUCUUGUGAUUGCUCGUGGUGGGUUUUCUGGAUUGUUUCCAGAUUCGAGUAGUGCUGCUUAUGGUUUGGCAGUGCAGACAAGUGUACCCGGUGUUGUUCUAUGGUGUGAUGUUCAACUAACCAAAGAUGGAGCUGGGAUUUGCUUUCCUGACUUGAAACUAAACAAUGCUUCAACUGUUGAAUACGUUUAUCCAAAUCGCCAAAAAUCUUACCCAGUUAAUGGAAUCUCUACACAGGGGGUGUUCACCAUCGAUUUCUCCUUGACAGAUCUCAGUAAUGUUACUUUGAUCCGAGGAAUACUAUCUCGAACAGAAAAAUUCGAUGGAAUGUAUCCCAUUUUGACGGUUGAAGAUGUUACUACGCAAAUAAAACCAGAAAGUUUUUGGUUAAAUGUACAGCACGAUGCCUUCUACACGCAGCAGAAUUUAAGCAUGGCCAGUUUUCUGAUAUCAGCUUCAAGAACUGUUUCCAUUGACUACAUCUCUUCCCCUGAAGUGAAUUUCUUUACAAACAUAACUGGACGUUUCGGGGGUAACGGACCUAUCUUCGUGUUCCAGUUUCUUGGAACAGAAGAUUUUGAGCCGACAACAAACCGAACUUACGGUUCUAUCUUGAGUAACCUGACUUUUGUCAAGACAUUUGCUUCAGGGAUUCUUGUCCCAAAGUCAUACAUAUUGCCCCUUAAUGACAAGCAGUACUUGCAGCCUCCUACAUCCUUAGUUCAAGAUGCUCACAAGGCAGGAUUACAAGUAUUUGUGUCAGGUUUUGUCAAUGAUAAUGAUAUUGCUCACGACUAUAGUUCGGAUCCGGUGUCUGAGUAUCUAUCUUUUGUGGACAAUGGAAAUUUUUCUGUUGAUGGUGUGCUCUCUGAUUUUCCCAUAACUGCAUCUUCAGCCAUUGACUGCUUCUCCCACCUUGGCAGAAACGCUAUAAAACAAGUUGAUUUUCUUGUUAUUUCAAAAAAUGGAGCGAGUGGGGACUAUCCUGGAAGUACAGACUUGGCAUAUGAUAAUGCUAUCAAAGAUGGUGCUGAUGUGAUCGACUGCUCAGUCCAGAUGUCCAGCGAUGGUAUACCUUUUUGCUCAAGUUCAAUAGAUCUUUUUAACAGCACAAUGAUCUCCCAAACACCUUUCGCGCGACGCUCAACACAUGUUCCUGAGAUUAGUUCAAAUGGUGGGAUAUACACUUUUAGUCUCACGUGGGCUGAGAUCAGGAACUUGACUCCUGCGAUUUCAAACCCCUACAGUGUAUACAGUAUGUUCAGGAAUCCUACUGAGAAAAAUUCUGGAAAGCUUAUUUUGCUUUCUCAGUUCCUAAACUUGGCAAAGAAUUCAACUUCGCUCUCAGGUGUUUUGAUCAGUGUAGAGAAUGCAGUGUACUUGAGAGAGAAGCAAGGGCUCGACGUGGUCAAAGCGGUUCUUGAUAGCCUUAUGGAAACUGGAUAUAGCAAUGGAACAACCAAAACAAAGGUCAUGAUUCAGUCAACGAACAGCUCGGUUCUUGUGGACUUCAAGAAGCAGAGCAAUUAUGAGACUGUCUACAAAGUGGAAGAAAAAAUUGUUGAUAUUAGUGAUUCUGCUAUCGAAGACAUAAAGAAAUUUGCUAAUGCUGUUGUCAUUGGAAAAACAUCAGUCUUUUCUUUAUUUGAUUCUUUCAUCACUAGGCAAACCAAGGUUGUGGAGAAGCUCCAGAAGUCUAAGCUCCCGGUUUAUGUGGAACUGUUCCAGAACGAGUUUGUAUCUCAAGCAUAUGACUUCUUCUCUGAUCCAACCGUCGAGAUAAACUCAUAUAUCCUUGGAGCCGGUACAAAUGGAAUCAUCACAGAGUUCCCUUUCACAGCCGCAAGAUACAAAAGGAAUCGAUGUUUGAGUGAAAAAGAACUUCCAGUUUACAUGGGCCCUGUUCCACCCGGUACUUUUGUACAACUUCUUAAUGCCUUACCUCCAGCCCAAGCUCCAAUCCCGGUUUUCACAGAUGAUGAUCUAAUUGAGCCACCACUACCUCCGGUUACAGCAAAAUCCCCAACCUUAGCUCCUGGAAUCUCAUCAACCAAUGCACAACCACCUAGGCCGAGCGGACAAACUCGACUAACUCUGUCUCUUCGCCUCUCUGUUUUUGCUUCUCUUCUACUUAUGUGAUCAACCCUUGAUCUAAUCACCUCUUUGUUCAUAAGGUCUUCUACCCUCGUAAUUAUUUUCCCUGUUGUGACUUAAGUCAAAUCUUUCCCUUGUGAGUUGUGAGCCGUUGUGAUUCUUUGUCGUGCCAACUUCUGUAGAUUCACUUUAAAUAUUAAUUUGCUGUGUUAUAUUCUGA